GCGAGCUUAGGCAAGCCAAGGGCCAGCCCGACGUCCGCUCUGGAGCCUGCCGGGUAGGCCAUGGGCGGCUGUGCGUCAAGCCCUGCAGGCCCGAGCAAGGCCCCCAACGUCUACGCAGUGCCCUACCCCGAGGAUGGCAAGAAGCUGCGCACAGAUGCGUCGCUGGAGCAGGAAUACGAGCUGGGUGCCCAGAUAGGGGAGGGAGGCUUCUCGCGCGUGCGCCUGGCCACGCACCGCGCCACGGGCCAGGCCUUUGCCUGCAAGAUCAUCCCGCUGCCGCGCCCCGGCAAGGCGGUGAACGAGAAUCUCUCCGAUCGAGCCGCCAUCAUGAAGGAGAUCGAUGCCCUGCUAGACUUGGACCACCCGCGCGUCAUAGAGCUGCGCGAGUACUUUGUGCAGCAGAACAGGGUGCACCUCAUCAUGGAGCUGCUGCGCGGCGGGGAGCUGCUGGACGCGGUGCUGGAGCAGGGUCACUACAGCGAGGCCGAUGCGCGCACCAUCUUCCGCCAGCUUAUGGAGGCGCUCCAGUACCUGCACUCCAAGGGGGUGGUGCACCGUGACCUCAAGCUGGAUAACCUGCUCCUGGUGGAGCCCGGCGACAUCCGCAGCAUCAAGCUGGCAGACUUUGGGUUUGCCAAGAAGCUGCACGGCGGCCUGGAUGGUAUGAAGACCGUGUGCGGCACGCCAGGCUACAUCGCGCCGGAGGUCAUCCUGGGGAUCAUGAAGCCCUCGGGAGACCCGCAGCCCAGCAGCGUGGACCACCGCUACAAUGAGUCUUGUGACCUGUGGUCGGCAGGCGUCAUCCUGUACAUGCUGCUGGCGGGGGUGCCGCCCUUCCACGACAAGAGCGAGCCGCGCCUGCUGCGCUCCAUCAUGGCCGGCAAGUACAGCCUGGACGACCCUGUGUGGGAGGAGAUCUCCGGCGAGGCCAAGGACCUGGUCAGCAAGCUGCUGGUGGUGGACCCAGCCAGCAGGCUGACCUGCCAGCAGGUCAUGGAGCACCCCUGGAUGACUCGGCCGGCAGAGGCAGGGCGGGAGCAGCAGCUGACCCGCACCACAGCGCGCAUACAGGAUGCCAUCACCAAGCGGGACAGCAGCAGCAGCAUGAGGGGGACGCUGAAGAAGCGGAUCAGCGAUGCUAUCAGCGCCUCGGCUUCGCCCAGCACCAAUGCGCUCAAGGCAGCCGCGUUAGCAGCGGUGGCGGGCUCGCUGCCGGCUUCGCCACAGGGCGGCUCGCCCAUUGCUACCAGUGUGAAUGGCGCGGCCCACCACCCGAUGCCGCCUGCCCAGCUGCCAUCUUGAUCCUUGCUCGACCUUCUCGACAUUGAAAUAAAUUAUUAACCAAUUUUGUUGUCAAUCCGCUGCGACAUUCUUUCUCCCCCUUUUGCAACCGUGCCUUCUGAGCUUUUCAUAUGGCGGCAGUUUUGCUGGCCCCUUCUGACCUGACGGCCUCCACGGUUCUGUCGCCAACGCAUGCAUGAUCUGCACUGACAUGUGCACAUGUAUUAAGUCCUGCCCCAGUGCCGCCCAGGGUAGCAGGUUUAUGUGAUGAUGUAAUGUGGCGGCGGGC